AUGGGAAUAAGGGAGGGGAGGGCAGGAUUAGAAGAUAAGGAUGACCAAUCAAAUAUCCAUGUGGACUCAAUGUACGAGGUUGAGCUCUUGCUCUCGUUGAAGCUACAAUAUGGGUAUACGCAAGUUGCACAGAAAGUGAAGAGGAAGAGAGGAACUGUACAUUUGUUGACCCAAAAUAAAGGGAAAAUGUGCGUUCAAGGUGCAGAGCAUGAGACGGAGGGAAUGGAAAAUCCCAAAAAUGAUGAUGAAUUAAGUAUAAAGACUUCGUCUUUGCAUUCUCAAGCUGAUUUCGCCACUGCCCAGAAUGAGAAUUGGGACAAGAGUUCACCGGCUUUUGAGAAUGUUUCUAUGAAAUAUUCAGUUCCACUGGAAAGCAUUAGUGAAGAUGUAGCCAUUACUAACAGGAAACACAUUGUGUUGAAUAACUUCCUUCCCACCCUUCGGUCCGGGGAGUGGUCCGAUAUUGGAGGGCGGUUGGACAUGGAAGACACACACAUUUGUAUUCCAGACUUAGCUAUGAAUUUUGGUAACAGUAUACAUGGCAAGGAGGCUGUCUCCUUCUAUGGUGUGUUUGAUGGACAUGAGGGAAAAGGUGCAGCCCAAUUUGUACGCGACCACUUACCAAGAAUCAUUGUUGAGGAUGCUGAUUUUCCAUUGGAACUUGAGAAAGUGGUCACAAGAUCUUUUGUGGAGACAGACACUGCCUUUGCAAGAUUUUGCUCGACUGAGUCUAAUCUGUCCUCUGGCACAACUGCUCUCACUGCUAUGAUAUUUGGGAGAUCAUUACUUGUAGCGAAUGCAGGAGAUUGUAGGGCUGUAUUGUCUCGCCGUGGAGAGGCUAUAGAAAUGUCAAAGGAUCACAAGCCUUGUUGUAUUAACGAAAGGGCACGGAUCGAAUCACUUGGAGGAUUCAUUGAAGGUGAGUAUUUGAACGGGCGGUUAGGUGUGACUCGGGCAUUAGGUAACUGGCAUAUUAAAGGACUGAAGGAGGGGGAAAACGGCGGUCCAUUAAUUGCUGAGCCAGAACUUAAGUUGAUGACCAUAAUGAAAGAAGACGAGUUCUUGAUAAUAGGCAGUGAUGGAAUAUGGGAGGUUUUUAGAAGCCAAAAUGCAGUGGACUUCGCUAGGAGGAAACUCCAAGAACACAAUAAUGUGAAAUUAUGCUGCCAAGAUAUUGUGAAUGAAGCCAAAAAACGAGGGGCUGUGGACAAUUUGACAGUUGUGAUGGUUUGUUUUCACUCUGAGCCACCACCUCCUGUCGUGGUGCAGAGACCUAGAGUUCGACGGUUCAUUUCUGCAGAGGUUCUUCAGAACCUUAAAUUUCUACUUCAAGAUUAG